AUGGGUCACCCACGGCCUGAGGGUGGGAAGCCCCGAGGAGGGCCGGCUGGGGUGGCCUCGGGACCCCCACCCAAACCAGCCCUGAAGCAGGAGGAGGGGAUGCCCGCGGGCGGCACACACGGACCGGCGCGGUCGCCUGCGGAUCCCCGCUCGUACACGGGGUGCCCUGGCCCAAACGGCCGUGAGGACGUCCUUGUGGCGGCUGAGGGCACGGCUUGUGGCACCUCCUGGGGAAGGGAAGGCAGAGCCCCUCGUCAUGGCAGCAGACCCGGGGCCACAGGGAGGCAGGCCGGGGGCAGGGAGGCCAUGAGCGCACACGGCCCGGCUGCAGGGCCCCGGCCGGCUGUCACCCUGCACGGGCCCUCGCCUCUCUUCAGGGGCUCACAGGCCUGGGAAGGUCUGAGGCAACAGCUCCUGUAA